AUGCCAUUCAGAACACUUCUGAAUUUAUUUCUUGUGGUUGUUUUUACUUGGGCGUCGCCGACAAAACUCGAAACAGAGACUUUUGAAGACAUUGACUUAUUUAAGGCUGAUCAAGACUAUUACCAAUUUGUAACAUAUAUCGGUUACAACGAACUAAGCGAACAACGACACAACUUACCGAUGUAUUACUACCUCAAUGACACCAUCGUCCAAACGUUAUUUUUUGACUCAACGCUUUCCAUUGUCAAAAAUAGAACUGCGGAAAUUCGAAUCAAUGGAAUGCACAGACCUCAAAUUGUCGAUAUGAGAGAAUCUUUAUUUGUGUUGGACGACAGCAAAUUGUCAUACUACGAUUUGGAGACUAACCCUCCCGAGAUACUUAUCAAUUCAACACUUAACGGAAAAAUUGGACAGUACUCUCCACUCAGUUAUAUUUUAUUCCAAAAUGAAACUAUACAAACUGACUUACUUAUAACAUGUGUGGAUUACACACUUGCUGGUGUCAAAUUAGAGACAUUGACUUUAAAAGUGUCGUCUCAAUUUCCAUGUGGCGAGUAUGUCACAUCUGGCUCGGAUCUUAUUGCAGUGAAGAACAAAACGGACAUUACAAUAUAUCAAUUAAAAGUCACUGACGACGGGUAUUACUUAAAUGGGGAAUUUGUCUUCCACAAAAAAAUCACCAUGGCGGAGUAUUUAAAUCCUUCAGAAACAUACCAAUACGACCCAAUUCGAUUCACAAGAAAUAAUGUGUUGUAUGUAGCAGUCAGUAAGUAUAACAAAGUCGCGAUAUUUGACGCUUCAACAGACUAUUCUGUGGAAGAGGAGAUCACCAACAUUCCAUUUUAUAGCGAGUCAAACAGUGGAUAUGUGAAACCCUAUAAAAAUAUACCAUUUGAUAAUAUUGGAUCUUAUGGACAAAUAAUAGUAGUAGGUACCCCAGGAUAUAGUACUAAAGAUAUGCCACAUUGUGGAGGUGCGUAUGUCUUCUUUGACAAUAUCUUAGACAAGGGUUACACUCCUCGAAUUGUUGAGUUCAUCCACAUCAUAGGGAAAAUAGCAUAUGGGUAUACAGGAUACUCUGUUUGUUCUUCAAGAAAUUCGGUGUGGUUAGGAGGACUUUCUGUACCACAACUGAAUUACAUUUAUGACAACAUAUCCGUGUCUAUUAAAAGUGUGAAUAAAGAGUAUUGUAAUGUCACAAAUUGUUUGUGUCACUCGAACAUGUAUUUCAUUGACGGGAAAUGCUCCUAUGAAAAAGGAGAAAAGGAUAUUUUAGUGAUUGUGGUAUCCGUAGUUGUUGCUGUUCUUGGUGUGUUGGUGAUUGUGACAAUAGCUAUAUUGAUCAUAACAUUCACUAUCCCUCGGAAGAACAAGAAGCAGACGUUCUCUGUCAAAAAUUACGACUACGACUUCACACUAUUUGAAUACUUCCCAUUGGAGUUUGACACCACCAAACUGACUUUUGGGAGUGAAGAUAUGCCACUUAAUAUUAACGUGGAGACUUCCCAUGAAAUAAACAUUACUAACAAAACAAAGAAUUACUACACAUUCAAUUUCAAUCCAUUAGACAGAGAAGAUCAUAGAUAUGCCAUUCACUUUGAUCCUAAGAUGGGGAUCUUAUCCCCAAGAAUCACACAAAAAGUCUGUGUGAAACUGACGAUGUUAUGCACAUGUUCUAUAGAUGAAAUCAUAGAUGUACAAGUUCAUAUGGGGAAGGGAGAGUCUUCCACUGGAGAUCAUGCAGCUUUAGAAUUGGUCUUAGAAAGCAGUUCAAGUCUUACAUUAGAUUAUACCGAGUUCCAAAAAGAGAAAGUGAUAGGGGAGGGUUCCUUUGGAAUAGUGUAUAAAGGGGUCUAUCGAGGUGUUGAUGUCGCAAUCAAAGAGACAAAGUCCUUCAGUUGGCCUGAAGAUGUAUUAGAAUCCUUUAUUAAGGAAGUUGAGAUGAUGGACAAAAUGCGGUGUCCUUAUAUCAUCAAUUUCAUAGGUGCUUCAUUCACUCCCGAGCAUUACUCCAUCGUUACUGAGUUUGCUAAGUUCGGGUCUUUGAAGAGCGCGUAUGAAAGUUCGUAUUUUUCAAACACUUUAAUGACGAAAAUGCUGUUAGACGUUGCUCGAGGAAUGGUCUUCCUUCAUGGGAGUAAUUUGGUGCAUCGCGAUUUGAAGCCCGAGAACGUCUUAGUUGUUUCAAUGAACAAUCAAGAGAAAGUAAAUGCAAAAAUCUCCGAUUUCGGGACUGCAAGAACCGCUGUGAUGAAUGAUAUUGCUAACACAAUGACGAGAGGAAUUGGCACACCUAUUUAUAUGUCACCAGAAAUGCUGUUGAAUCUCCCUUAUAACUUGAAGACUGAUAUCUAUUCAUUCGCAAUUGUCUGCUAUGAAGUGUUUCUGAGGAAGAUACCAUAUCAACAAUUUUCUCAUACGUGGGACGUCGCAGACUUCGUUUUAAAAGGAGAUAGACUCCCAAUACUAAGUACAUUCCCCCAGGAAAUGGGUGACUUGAUCAAAGAAUGUUGGGCAGAUGCUUGUCUUAGACCCCCUUUCACUGAAAUAGAAACACGACUAGAAAAAAUGUGGAACGCCUUUUCAGCUCUUCAAUUCGAUUUUAGCAACCCACCCAUUGCUCCAGGAAUGCCAAUGAUGCCACCACCACCACCAGCAAUCAAUAGAGCCUCUCAAUAUGUACCAACUCGAUGUGAUUUGCAAAUAGAAAUGAAUUAG